AUGGCUGUCGCAGUAGAGAGUGCUGUCUUGGAUGCCCUCUCUUUCAAUACAAUCAAGACCUUCGAAGAACAGGAAAAGGAGGUGGACAAGGCGACCUUGACAGCUAUCGCGGAUAUCUUUGUCAGGCACAGCAUGCAUAUGAAGCUAGGAGUCGGGCUUCUCCAUCGCCACGACACACUCCAAGACAGAACUGUGAUGUUUCACGAGGUCCGGUCCCCCGAGUCUGAUAUCUGCAUCCCAAAGACUAUUUCGAGCGUCGACAUGGACAAGAUUGCGCCGAACUCGUGGUUCCUCAACCGAAAUGGAAUGUUCCAGGCAUUCGAGUACGAUGCCAGCGGCGAGGCAACUCAGAUCGACACAGCUUUCGCUUCGGACCUUGCCGAGUUUCUCAAAGCUCACAGCCUCGAGAAACGGUUCUCGAUCAUCCCGAACUGUGCAGACAGAGAAGACUUCGUUGAGUUCACACAUCCUAGUGGACGCGGCACCAUCAGUGUCCCUCUUCGCCUUACCCCCGAAGAAGAGAUUAAGGCGAGUGAACCUGUCAUCACUGGAUGGAGCUUCCAUGUCAAUGAACACGGGAUUGUUGAGUGCAAGGGGAAUAACGUCUGUGCCCCUAUGAACUCUGGCAAUCACAAGGUGUUUCGGGAUUCGAAGCCCUACACUGAGCAUGAAGUCAAGGUUAUGCCCCGGUUAGAUGCUGCCGGAGAAGAGUCUUAG